AUGGACAUCGCGACCGGAACGGAGCAGUCGUCGGACGGACGGGAGGUGUCCGAGCGGCGUGCGCGGCGAGUGCACAAGAGCGCGUCGGAGGCCAACAUCAGGGGAGCCGGGUUGCGGGGCGGGUGUGCUUUGGCGGGGUCCAUGGGGAUGUUGACGGGCGCGGGCAGCGGCAAGUGGGUGAACGGCGGGUCCAUGGGGGCGAUGGAGGCGCAGCUGCGCGCCGAGCAGGAGGAGCUGGCGUACCUGCGCAUGGAGGCGGAGCGCAUCGAGCGCAGCGGCGUCAUCGACAUCGUCAACGAUGACGGCGUCGGCGGCGGCGGCGGCGGAGGCGGCGGCGGCUUCCCGAAACACCUGAGCUGGAACUACCGCGGGCUCGACAUCACCCCCAAGGGCAGCAGUCGCGCGCAGGCCGGCGCAGAUAGGGAUGGGGGGGUAGGGGCGGAGUCGGUGCUGGCGUCGUGGGCGCGGGAGCGGCGUGAGUUGGAGGGGCAGGUGGGCGCAGUGAAGGCGGAGCUGAAGCGCAAGGAGAGAGCGCUCAAGGCGGCGGGCAAGGGCAAGGCGGCGGCGGGCAGGGAGGUUGACGCGGUGUGGGCGCAGGUGAGCGCGGUGGAGGCGCAGCUGCACGACGUGCAGGGCGACAAGUGCGCGCUCGAGAAGGAGAUCCAGGGGCUGCGCGCGCUGCUGCACGUGUCGAGUGCGCGCGACUCAGGGGAGUCAGCGGGCGCGCGGGGCGCGGAUACGGAGAUGGCGGGCAUGCUGAAGAUGGUGGGCGACUUCUCCCGGCGACUCGCCCUCGCUGACGACGCCGUGCGACGCGCCGAGGCCAAAAACGACCAACUGUCGGAGCGGUUGAAGGCGAGUGAGGCGGAACUGCGCGGAACGAGGGAGGUGCUGCGCACGGCACAGGAGGAGCGCGACGCACUGGCAGCGGAGAUGAAGCAGGCGCUGGACACGUGGGCGUGGACCAGCUGUGCACACCCCGCCCCUGCUCCUGCUCCUGCUGCUGCCACCCCUGGCAGAGGGGGCAGCAGGGGCAGCGGUGGCAUGGGUGUGGCCGCUUCAAGCACAUCCGCAUGGGGGGGGUCGGCAUGGGUUGAGCACAUGGGGGAGGGCAUGGCGCAGAACGGCAUCCCGGGUGGUGAGGAUGGCAUGCAGCAGUGGCUGCAGCGCGUGCAGGAUAUUGGUGGUGCGAGCCAGUGGGGAAGGGAUGGGUACAGUGGUGCUGGUGGUGGUGCCGUGAGCCGGCCACCCUGGGGCCGAGACUCCUAG